CUGUAACUGUGACGUUAUAACAGUCAAGAUUCCUUUCAGCAAUUUACGUUUCGUUAUUGCGGGUGCUCUUAUUUUUUUUUCUUUAAAUUUCAAUACCAAAAAUGGCGAGAUUUUUUAGAGAACAAGAUAUCGAUGGCCUUGUUAUUGGGAGUUUUCAGAUCUCCAGGAUUCUUCUCUAAGCUAUGCACCCUCAUCACAUAAUGUGCUUUUCCAGUACUCUUAUCUGCUUCCUUGUUGUGACAUGUCAUGGGGCAAUUAUCAACAAGUAUCAAAAUGAAGUAGGACAUCCAGACAACGAAAAUAACCACAAGUUUUCCAAUCAUUCUAGGUUACCAGAUGAUAUUACUAUUCAUCACCAUCAUAACUCAUCAGAUAUCCACUCUCACUCUGAACAUCACCACGAAAACUCAAUUUUAGAUCACCAUAAAGAUGGAUCAUCAUCUGUAAUAAGUUUCUCCAAACGUCUACGAAGAUCUGCUGAUACAGAUUUUCCACAAGCAUAUUCCAAUGGCAAAAGUAAUUUUGAGCAAUCUUCAAUCAAAAAGAGAUCCAAACCGCCACACGACGGUUCUCAUCACAGGCGACACAACGAUUCAGAUCAUGACCAUUCUAAUGAUCGGAAAAACCAUCCAGACUUUGACUAUGAUGCAGAAGAAUCUUAUGAAGAUCCUGAAAGUGUGCAUCUUGAUGGUUCCUCACAGUUGCCAUCUCUAAAUGAAAAACCUGAUAAAGCAACCCAAACAGGUGCCAUCAAUCCUUGUGUGAAUAGUCAUGAUCAUGAAGAUCAUGAUCACGAACAUCAUGAACAUUCUGAGGAAACUAAAAGUGAAAAUGAAGCAUCCAAUUUUCAUCAGCAUGCUCACUCAGCUCCACCUGAACUUGAAGGAAUAGUUUGGUUAUAUGCUUCUUUGGCUGUGGUUGCAAUAAGUUUGUGUGGCUUGUUUAGUGUCGCUGUGAUUCCUAUCAUGCAAAAGUGGUUUUACCACACACUGCUGCAAUUUCUAGUUGGACUGGCUGUGGGUAGUCUUUCCGGUGAUGGUUUGCUUCAUCUAAUGCCUCAUGCAUUUCUUGAUAGUCAAGUACGCCAUGAUCACAAAGGAAGCCACGACCACCAUGAUCAACUGGUUUCCCUAAAACACAUGGAAGAAAAGUCAGUUUUUAGAGGUUUAGCUGCUUUAUCUGGAAUAUUUCUCUUUUUUAUUGCUGAGCGUCUUCUUGGAGCAGUCACAACAUACAGAAAACAAAAGAGAGAAUCAAAAUUGUCAAGGCAUCCUAAACAUAUGCUUACUUCAUCAAGAGAAGAUGGAGCCAACAAUGGCAGUGUUGGAGAAAAACUUGCUCAACCAAAAAAGAACUCUUAUGAUCAUAUCAGAGAAAAAGAUGAAAAAGAAACUAUACAAAUGCUCCCUACAGAACCAUCUCCCUCAAAGAAAGGUUCUAAUCAAUCCAUCCAUGAAGUAGGAUUUCAUGGCAGAUCAAGUUUCAGUCUUGAACCUGAAGCAACCGUUUCAUAUCGCCCUGACUCAGAAAGUUCAGUAAUUGUAUCAGACCACCAUGGUCAUGCACAUGCUCAUACCCAUGAGAUACCACAGUCAGUCUCUGCAGUUGCAUGGAUGGUUAUCUUAGGGGAUGGCUUGCACAAUUUCUGUGAUGGAUUAGCUAUUGGUGCUGCAUUUGCUUCCGGUACUGCUGGUGGAAUAAGCACAACUGUUGCUGUAUUUUGCCACGAACUUCCUCAUGAACUAGGUGAUUUUGCAAUGCUGUUAAAGACUGGAAUGAAAGUAAAGCAAGCUUUGUUUUAUAAUGGCCUUUCUUCAGUUUUGUGUUUUAUUGGCAUGAUCAUAGGUGUCACACUUGGAAAUGUUCAUUCAGCCAUCAACUGGGUAUUUGCUGGCACCGCUGGAAUGUUUCUUUACAUUGCACUUGUUGAUAUGCUUCCCGAAUUGACAAUUCCUGCCAAUACUCCAGGAAUUGGAACCAUCACAACUCUAAUUGUCCAAGUUUUGGGCAUAUUUAUAGGUGUUAGCGUCAUGCUACUUAUUGCACUUUAUGAAGCAGAACUUCAUUCGUUGUUUAGUAGCUGAUGAUAAAAAUGUGAUAGCAUUUAUGAACUUCAAACCCUUGGCUUCCUCAACUUCGACAGACUUCUACAAGAUUUUUCUUCCUUUUGCUCCUAUGUCAAAAACAACACUAUUUUUUUAUAUACAUUUUUGACAUUUUUUUUUUAUUUGAAAAACCUAACUGCCAUUUUUUUUAUUAAUAUUAAAAGCAUGGGUUUCUCAUUUUGUUUUUGCAAGCUUUUACUAUUAUUUUUUUUAAUUUUAUUGAUGCAUUUUUUUUGCUUAGUUUUGUUUUUUGUUUGUGCAUUUAAGUACUUAAAUGUGUUUAUGAAGCAGCCUAGCAGUAUUAAUAAUGUAUUGGAAUGACGUGUGAUCUAAUUUUAAUAACAUUUGAAAAGUGGAUUAUUUGCUCUGUUUUCCGGGCAACCUGCAACAUACUUUCUAUCUUGUUGGUUAUGACAUGGUUGUUUUUGUAUCUCAUUGUUAUGAAUCUCACUAUGUAAAUAAAUCAAUUAUGAAUUUUCA